AUGGCACUAGCAAGAGAAAUCAUGGGCUUCUCUUUGAUUGAAAGAUCUUCGUUUCUAGAUGCUUCGUCUUCUCGGCUGUUGUUGAACAGGCCAAAGAACCGGUUUUUUGUGCCCCGUGGGGGGAGAAGGGUACAACCGGUGGUCAACAGGGCUGUGAAGGGUACAACCCCUGUUGCAGCAAUUAUUGAGGAUUUGGAUUUGGUGAAGGUUGUGCCUGAAAAGGCAGUGAAAUUUAAGGUGAGGGCAGUUGUUACAGUGAGGAACAAGAACAAAGAGGAUUUUAACGAGGCAUUGGUCAAACAUUUGGAUUCUUUUGCUGAUAAGAUUGGGAGAAAUGUUGUGUUGGAGCUUAUCAGCAAUGAUAUUGAUCCAAAAACCAAGGCUCCAAAAAAGAGCAAUGAAGCAAUCCUAAAGGAUUGGUCCAAAAAAUCGAACCUCAAAACUGAGAGAGUAAAUUACACAGCAGAAUUUGUGGUGGAUUCAAAUUUUGGUGUACCAGGUGCAAUCACUGUGGCUAAUAAACACCAGCAAGAGUUCUUCAUAGAGAGCAUCACAAUUGAAGGAUUUGCAUGUGGGCCUGUGCAUUUCCCCUGCAAUUCUUGGGUUCAGCCCAAGAAAUAUCAUCCUGGGAAAAGAAUUUUCUUUUCUAACCAGCCAUAUCUUCCCCAUGAGACACCAGCAGGGCUAAAGGCUCUUAGGGAGAAGGAGCUUAGAGAACUUAGAGGUGAUGGAAAAGGAGAAAGAAAAUUGUUCGAUAGAAUAUACGACUUUGAUGUGUACAAUGAUCUUGGAAAUCCCGAUAAAGGGAUCGAUUUUGCUCGACCCAUACUCGGUGGCGAAAAAAUUCCAUAUCCUAGGCGCUGCAGAACGGGCCGGGCUCCUACUGAUACCGAUUUACGCUCUGAAAGCCGAGUGGAAAAGCCAUUGCCAAUGUACGUGCCGAGGGACGAGCAGUUUGAGGAGUCGAAAAUGAAUGCCUUCUCGACCGGGAGACUGAAGGCUGUCCUUCAUAACCUCAUACCUUCACUAAUGGCUAGCAUAUCUGCUAAUAACAAGGAUUUCAAGGGAUUUUCAGAUAUCGAUAGCCUCUACAGCGAGGGACUUCUUCUUAAGCUCGGUUUUCAAGACGAAAUCUUGAAGAAAAUCCCAAUGCCGAAAACUGUUAACCAAAUUCAAGAAGGUGGAUUGCUCAAAUAUAACAUCCCAAAGAUUGUAUCAAAGGAUAAAUAUGCUUGGUUGAGAGAUGACGAAUUUGCCCGGCAAGCCUUAGCAGGAGUCAACCCAGUCAACAUCGAGAGGCUUCAGGUUUUCCCUCCGGUGAGUAAGCUUGACCCCGAAAUUUACGGCCCCAAAGAAUCGGCUCUCAAGGAAGAACACAUUGCUGGUCAACUCAAUGGCAUGACUGUUCAAGAGGCAUUGGACUCGAACAAGCUCUACAUCAUCGAUUAUCAUGAUAUUUACCUUCCGUUUAUCGAGCGGAUAAAUUCUCUAGAUGGCCGUAAAUCGUACGCCACGCGUACGUCGAUGCCACAUCAUACUGGAAAUGGCAGCUGGCGAAGGCCCACGUUUGUUCGAACGAUGCUGGCGUUCAUCAACUUGUCAACCAUUGGAAUGGCGGUGCCGGACCCCACGCAACCACACGGUCUCCGUCUCAUGAUCGAGGACUACCCGUACGCGUCCGACGGGCUCAUGAUAUGGUCCGCCAUCCAAGACUGGGUCCACGGCUACGUGCGCCGCUACUACCGAGACCCGGCCGACGUCUGCAAUGACCGCGAGCUCCAAGCUUGGUACGCAGAGUCCGUCAACGUGGGCCACGCGGACCUCCGCCACGCGGACUGGUGGCCCGCGCUCGACUCCCCUGACGACCUAGCGUCCGUCCUCACGACCCUCGUCUGGCUCGCGUCCGCCCAGCACGCGGCCCUCAACUUCGGGCAGUACCCUUACGGAGGCUACGUGCCAAACCGCCCGCCCCUCGUGCGUCGGCUCCUGCCCGGAGAAUCCGACCCGGAGCACGAGGGGUUCGUGCGUGACCCGCAAAAGUACUUCUUUAGCUCGCUCCCGAGCCUCUUGCAGGCGACCAAAUUCAUGGCGGUGGUCGACACGCUGUCGACCCACUCGCCCGACGAGGAGUAUAUCGGGGAGCGGCAGCACGGGUCGAUUUGGUCGGGAGAUUCUGAGGCGGUCGAGGCGUUUUAUGAGUUCUCGGCAGAGAUCGGGCGGGUCGAGAAGGAGAUCGAGAGGAGGAAUGCGGACCCGCGGCUCAGGAACCGGUGUGGAGCCGGGGUGUUGCCGUACGAGCUUCUUGCGCCGAGUUCCGAGCCGGGGGUCACGUGUAGGGGAGUACCCAAUAGUGUGUCCAUAUGA